AUGCCGCCACAACCACAACAACAACUGCCGGGAAGCACAGCAACAACAACAACAACAACAGCAGCAGCCAAUGGUGGACCACGUGUCAGCUUCAAUCGAGAUGUGCAUGUGAAGCGCAUAGCCAAGCGCGAUAGUGAACUUGAGCCCUACGAUUACGAAUCAACGACUUUGCAGCCUACGCAGGGCUAUCAUCAGCUGCCACCGGAUAUAGAUCCCGAGGAUAUACGCAAGGAGGCGGCUUUGGUGCUGGCACAGGCUGGACAGCAUCAGAGCAAAGCGGCCAACGGUGAUAACAUACCCACGUUUCGAGUUAAACAGAAGCGCAGCGCCGCAGCCACCAGCAGCAGCGACUCGCAGCGCUUUCAUUCGCUGCCAACGCGCAAGAAGAAGGGCAAGCCUGUGGCACGCAGCGUCAGUGACGCAGCAGCCAAGAAGCCCGCCAAGCGUCCUUCCAUUUUUGGUCUAUUCAGUCGCAAGAGCGACACACAGUUGGACAGAGAUCCGCGCUUCGAAGACGGCGGCGGUCGACGUUUAGUGCGUAGUAAAAGUGAUGUGGGCAGCGCUCAAAAGGACACGCGCAGUCGUCUAAGCAGAAAAGCGGAUACGUCCAACAGUAAUACGGCAAAGCCACAAUUGACGCCCAUUAUAGAGCAAGCGCAGCGCGAGGAUUACUUUGAGAAGCAGCAGCAACAGUUUGGCGAGCGCGAGCGACGCAAAUCGGACGCAGUUACCGUGCGUGAGAAGCAUGAGAGCGUGCAGGGUCUAGCCGAGCUGCUGACACGCAGUCGUUCCAAAGCGGAGCUAGACGGUCCGCUGCUAAAGCCACAAGCCACAACCAGCGCAGCCACAGGCGCCUCCAUUUCCGCAGGCAUACGCGAUCGCAUUGAAACGUUGCAGGCCAAGUCCAGUGAGAAUAUGCAUAGCUCACAGCUGCCGGCGGAGCGACUGCCGCUGACCAAAGGCCGCACUGUCGACGGUCUGGUCAAGCGUCUGUCCAUGGAACGCUUCUCGCCACAGCCGGCCAUUAGCCAGCCGGCGUUUUCUUAUAUACGCCCCAACGAGGGCAUUACCUAUGCUCAGCUGGAUCUGAGCGAUGAGCAGCAGCCGCUGCAUGCGCGUCGUGACUCACGCACGCCACAGCGUGAGUUUGCGCCAGCGCGUCCACCACGCGCCAACGAUAGAGCGCUGCAUAGUCCGCACAGUCCGCCGCCUAGAGUAAGUAACUCUCAUUCACCUUCGCCUUGGCAGCAGCUAAGCCCACGCAAUCUCAGCGACGAGGAUGAGGGUCUGGGCUUUGAGACACGCAAGCGUUACUAUGAUGAUGAACGUGAGCGGGAGCGUGAGCGCCGUGCCGAGCCGCCCAUUGUGCCUGUUAUACGCAGCGUUAGUCCUGCGCCUUAUCUGGAUGAGUUGGGCUAUCGUCGUGCGCAGCUGGAGAAUCGCAUUUUGACGCGUCGCUUUGGCGAGGGCGCCACCUUGGAGCGCCAGCCGCCGCACUACAGACAACAGCGCGACUUUCAAAGUCCAGAGCGUGAGCUUGCGCCGGAGCCGCGUUAUCAGCGUCAGGACACCACAUUGCCCAAAACAGAGAAAACUUCGCGCUAUCGCCACACCAAGUACUAUGAUGAUGGUCAUGGUGGCGUCAAGGAAACCUAUGUCAGGGAGACACAAACAGACGGGCAGGUACGUGAGUCGCGGCAUCGCGAGCGCUUGGGCUCCACGCCGCGUGAUGAGCAGGAGCCCAAGAGCCUGGAUUCACAACUUACGGGCACAGAUCAGUAUAGGUCCUCGCCAGAGCUGCGUGGUCAGCAGGCACAGCAGCAGGACUAUUGGCAAAGCAGCCUCAAGCGCGAUAAACUGCAGCAGCGCAGCUUCGACAAAGGAGAUUCGGGCAUUGAGAAUGAUUUUCGCAAAGAGUCAUUCAAUGGCGAUAUAACCACAAGAUGGCGCAAGCGCACAGCUUUGGAUGACAUGAGAGCUUGCGAGACAUUUUUGCGCAAGGAGCGACGAGAGAGUGCCCAGGAGCUGCAGCUGCAGCGGCAGGCACGGCGGGAGCAGAGCUACAUUUAUCGCGAGCGCUCCAUUGACGAUGGCUCACACUUUGAUCCACAUUUGGACAAAUAUCCAGUGGCCACCAGCACGUUGCGUCGUCGCGAGCAGCAGACGGCCAACAAACAGCGCGAGGAAUCCGCCAGCACGCUGAAGCGCAACAAGAAGCUGGGCGGCUUUGAGAAGGUCAAGCAGCUGUUCACAGGCACCUCUGGCAGUGGCAGUCAAGGCGGCAGCGGACGCAGCAGCGGCAGCAAUGUGUCCAGCGGCAAGAAGGAGACACAAUCGCGUCUAACCAACGGCACGAGCAGCACACUCAGUCGCCGCGACAAAGAUAAAGAAAAAGAGAAGGAGAAAGAGCGCGAGCGAGAGCGUUACAUGGUGCGGGAGGAGGAGAUGCGUUCGCGCUAUCGCGAACAUCAUGCACUAAGCGAGGAGACCUCACGCGAACCAAAGACUAUGGACAUCUCAAUGCGACGCCGGCUCUCCACACCGAAAGCUAGUCCACUGCUGCUGAAGCGCGGUCCCGCCGACAAGCCGCCCAAGAAGCAGCUCAGCAGUCAAGCGUCGGCGCCAGUGAAGAGCGAGAAGACCAGCUGGUUCAAGUCGCUGGACAGACGCGCCAAGAGCACACCCAAGGAGCAGCUAAAUGUUUCUGUGAAUGGACACAGCGAGGCCAACUGCACAUCCAGUCUGAAGCGCAGCAAGCAGCGCAAUGCAGCAGCUGCGCCUGCCAAGAAUUUGCGCUUCUUUGGCGACACGGAUCUGGACUCCAAUCCGCCUACCAUUUCCAAAGCCAGCAGCACGCCCAGACGCCGUGCCAUGUUGGCGCACUCGAAGCAUUCCCAGAGCGCCUACAAUUUGGAUCGCAGUCCGCCGCCGCCAGCGCGUGAUUAUCGCCACACCUUGGCGGCGCAGUCGAGCCAGACACGCCAGCGUGCCACAUCUAUGCAGCACUUGGAGCCGGGCAGCGAUGAGGUGGACUUUCGCAAGCGACGUCAUUACUCGCGCUCACGCGAGCUGCAUGACAUAUCGGAAAGCGGCUCGGAGCCAGAGCCCGCGGAGCGCUAUAAGCGCGGCGCUGGUCAGCGUGCCAUGUCCCUGGAGCGCUCCGCUGAGCUGCAUAUGCCACACUCACGUCGCUACGACGAGCGCACGCUGCAGGCACCGCCCAAGCCAGCGCGCAGUGCUGAGCGUCGCGGACUCAUUGAGAACGGUUAUGGCAAGGAUCGCUAUCCCGCUGAAAGCUCUGGCACCGAGGGCGAGUCCAGUUUGCAUAGUCAGCGCAGCGUAGUCUAUUUGCAUGCCACCACAGUGGGCGACAUACCACAGCCAUAUAAUCUGCGUCGUCGCUCCAUUUCUCGUGAUGAUUUGCGCAAAGGCAGCAGCGGCGCCAUAGCUGGCGGCAAGCCGCCCCUGCAGCCCAUGACGCGCACCGUCUCUAGAUCUGUAUCCAUGCUGGCACCUUGGAAGCCCAAGCACAUUAGCGAGGGCUACGAGAUCAACUACUCACAGGAGCAGAACAAGCGCAUUUCCACUUUGCAACGCAAACCGCCGCCGCACAAUGGCGCCACCAGCGCCAGCACUUUGAGUCGAGUGGGACGCAAGCAGGACACGCCCACGCGACGCCACAACGGUUAUCAUGUGGAUGAGCGUCCAACGCCGUCGCGUUCGUUGCUGUCCGCAUCGAAUUUACGCAGCGCCAAGGCCAAGUGAGAAGGCAUCCAUGGAUGGGGACUGCUGGUGCUCUGCUGUUAAUAUUUAAUUACUGUAUAUCUAGUUUGCUAAUCGUAAUCAAGUUCGAAACGAAACAACAUUUCUAAUCAAUGGGAACCGCAUUUAUCAGCCGCGCGGUAUUUAGUUUAUAGGAAUCUUUAACCUUUGUUGCAAUUCUCGUCAUAUUGUAUAUGUAAAGUUUACGUAUAUUUUAAUAAAAAUUACAACACUAAACUU